AUGGUCUCUGAUCGAACGCCUUGUCGUUGGAUGGUGGCCACCGAUAGGCAAAUCUUGAGUGUCGGUUGGUUUCAAUCGGUGGUGACGAGGUUCGGUUUGCUGAAACCAUCGAACGAUUGGGGACGACCGAUUUUCGCUGGUGUGUGUGCGUGCACUCCGAGUGUGUGUGCAUUAAUGUGUGUGCACUCAGAGUAUCGUGUAGAAGCGCAUUUCGUUCGCUCAGUCCCAUCCCAAUAA